AAAUAAAUGUCCACGAGUAGUUUAUCGAGUAGUGGCGAAAAGCCGAGUGAUAAGACGUCGAAUUAUUUGAGUCCUUCGAGAUGCUACGAAAAUGCCCCGCUUAUUUUACGAAGGCCUACAAGUUACGGUUCGGUGUUUCCUUAUUUUCAAUUCGUCAAGGCUAGUACUAGUAGAUAUGCUAGCAAUCAGACGCUCCACAAAACUGAGUCGAUGGUAUCGCUAUGCUUUCAAUCACUGAUAUCAUUCGUCAACAACGACAAUUUACCAGGCCUCCAAUCCUAUCUAGAAAACAAACAAAUCCAAAUAGAUGACAAAGAUGAGAAUGGUACGACGGCGCUUAUGGUGGCAUCCACCAAAGGUAAAGGGGCUUUCGUAAGAGAACUUUUGACUCACGGAGCGGAUCCCAACGCAGAGGACAAUGAUAAUUGGACAGCGUUGCUUUGCGCCGCUAAAGAAGGACACUACGAUAUCGUUUUGCAAUUGCUGGAGCAAAAUGCUGAAAUCGAUCAUAGGGAUAUGGGUGGUUGGACAGCUCUUAUGUGGGCAACCUACAAAGGACACACAAACAUCGCCGUGCAUCUGCUGGACAGAGGGGCCGAAGUCAACGCUCACGGAAACUUCCACAUAUCGUCCUUGCUGUGGGCCUCAGGAAGAGGAUAUUUAGAAAUUGUUAGAUCCCUAAUAAAUCACGGAGCCAAAGUGAAUGUUGGAGACAAAUAUGGUACUACCGCUUUAGUGUGGGCAAGCAGAAAAGGACACACUGAAAUUGUGGAACUAUUGCUAAGAGCUGGAGCCAAUGUGGAUACAGCUGGUAUGUACUCAUGGACAGCCUUAAUUGUAGCCACCUAUGGAAAUCAUGUAGAUGUAGUUAAUCUACUCUUGGAACACAAACCCAACGUUAACGCUUUAGAUAAAGACGGCUGUAGUCCAUUGACCAUAGCGUGCAAAGAAGGCUAUUACGAUAUUGCUACAGCUCUAUUACAAGCAGGAGCUUACAUUAAUAUCCAAGAUAGAGUGGGAGACACUAAUUUAAUUCACGCAAUUAAAGGCGGCCACAAAAACGUAGUGGAAGCUUUAAUUAAAAAAUACGCUGAUGUUGAUAUUGUGGGCAAAGACAAAAAGUCAGCUAUUUAUGUAGCUGUUGAAAAAGGCAACGUGGGUAUUGUUAAGUUGCUUUUCAAACAAAAUCCCGAUUUGGAAAAUGCUACCAAAGAUGGCGAUACGCCUUUAUUAAAAGCUGUACGAAAUCGUAACGCAGAAAUAGUUCAAUUGCUGUUGGAAAAGAAAGCCAAAGUGUCAGCUACAGAUAAAAAGGGCGAUACUGCGCUUCAUAUAGCUAUGAGGGCAAGGUCUAAAGCUAUAGUGGAAAUUCUUUUGAGAAACCCCAAGCAUAGCCAAUUGUUAUAUCGGCCUAAUAGAGCUGGAGAAACACCUUACAAUAUUGAUAUGAAUCAUCCCAAGACAAUACUUGGACAAAUAUUUGGAGCAAGACGAUUGAACAGAAACGAAGACAAUGAAAAUAUGUUGGGGUACGAUUUGUACAGUAGCGCUUUGGCUGAUAUUUUAAGCGAGCCUUGCUUAUCGAUGCCUAUAACUGUGGGCUUGUACGCUAAAUGGGGUAGUGGCAAAAGUUUUCUUUUGACUAAACUAAGAGAGGAAAUGAAAAAUUUUGCAAGAGAAUGGCAAGAUCCAUCGUUUCAAUUCAGUGGCCUACUGUUGCUGAUAAUCUUACAUCUUUCAAUAAUCGUUGCUACUGUUGUGUACGUUGUAAUUGAAGCUACCACUGUGGAUUUGCAGCCCGAAUCUUGGUCCUCGGCAAUCGCUAUUGGAUUUUUCGUGAUAUGUUUUGCUUUUCUGGCUUUUAUAUGGUUUGCAAGCAAAAGCUCUGAUUGGGAUUGGCCAUACAAUUUCAGCAUAAGUUUCACAAGAAAAUUCAACAACAUCAAAUUAGUGUUUGAAAUUCUAUUUUGUCAUCCACCUGGAGCACCGAUCCAAGACUCGCCUACUGUGCAACCAAUCAGGUUUUAUUUCACGGAACAAACCAGAGUGAGUAGCACAACUGGGGGCGAAAACUCUGUAGUCCAAAUGAUUGGUUCUUUAUAUGACUCAAUUGAAAGUCAUUAUGGUACUUUUGCUACAAGGCUUUAUAGAGCUUUUAGACCCAAACCUGAUAAAUCCUCUACAACAUGGACUUGGAGAAAAAUGUGUUGCUUACCUUAUGUGAUAAUAUUUGAAAUAACCUUUUGUAUGAUUAUAGUUGGUUUGAGUGCUCUGACGUUUUAUUUGAAAAGAGUUAAUUCUGAAACAAUGGAUACAUUAAGCAUUGCUAAGCCAACUUUGGAAAUAAUUCUCAUAGGAGCUGCUCUACUUUUAGCUGUAGCAAUUAUAGCUAAUGCUUACACCUGGAGUAAACUUUUCAUGUCCAUAUUGUUUUCACAAAGGAGACAUUUGCAGAGAUCCAUAUCUAAAUUGGAUACAUUGAAAAGUGAAGGGUUUUUACAAACAUUGAGACACGAGGUAAAUCUAAUGAAAGAUAUGGUGAAAUGUUUGGACGGUCUCAGUGCCCAACAAACUCGUCUAGUGAUUGUAGUGGACGGUUUGGAUAGUUGCGAACAGGAAAAAGUCUUACUAAUACUCGACACUGUGCACAUGUUGUUUUCAGAUGCAAAUUCUCCUUUUAUUGUGAUAUUGGCUAUAGAUCCUCACGUGAUUGCUAAGGCUGUUGAACUAAAUGCGCGUCGACUUUUUUCCGAAAGCAACAUAGGAGGCCAUAGUUACUUAAACAACAUGAUUCAUUUGCCGUUUUACCUACAAAACUCAGGCCUAAGAAAAGUCAAAAUAGCCCAGCAAACAGCUUUCGCCCACAGAAAAGCUCAGGCCAGUACCGGAGGAUGGGCAGAAAACGAUGAAAACUUGAAUACAUUCCUUGCCAGAUCUUCAUCAAGUAGGAGAUUGUCUAAUGAAAACACUUUAGUGUCUGCCAGUAAAGAAAACUUGAAGUAUGUUGGUAGAAAAGGUUCGAGGAAGUUGAAACUUUCUGAAUCAGUUGCUAGUUCUAUUGGAUCGAAUUUAAAUAGGAUAGGUGGGGCACAAGAUUUGACAAAAAUGCUGCUCACAGAUGAUUAUUUUAGUGAUGUAAAUCCACGGUCAAUGAGAAGACUUAUGAAUGUGGUUUAUGUUACAGGUCGUUUACUUAAAGCAUUUCAAAUUGACUUUAAUUGGUACCGUUUAGCAUCUUGGAUUAACAUUACUGAACAAUGGCCUUUUAGAACAUCGUGGAUUAUUUAUCAUUUCGAUUUAUAUGAGGAUCAGUUGGAAGACAGUACACCACUUAAGACAAUUUACGAUAAAAUCAAGCUACUGAUUCCAUCAAUUAAAGAAAGCGAACCUUUACUUGAAUUAGACAGAGAUGAGAAAAAGUUUGAUAUAUUUUUAACAUUCCACAGAUCCAGUUUGUUAGUUAGUGACCUUAAGAUAUUUAUACCGUUUACUAUUAAUUUGGAUCCGUACUUGAAAAAAGUGAUUAAAGAAGAAACUCAAUCCAUUGAAGAAGACAGAUUAGUGUUCCGUCAACAAACACCUUACCAAACACUUCAGCAACAACCAAUGCAAGCUUGGAACGCUCACGUAAAUUCUGAAUGGAAUCAAACCCCCCAAAGGCAGUAUAUAACUCCUCAGACUUUAAGAGAAAGACGACAGGGUGUUGUUAGUAUGUCAAAAGUUGGUCAGCCUCCUGGGAUGUCUUAUCAACAAGCUGCGCCUUGGACAGAAUUUGAACAUAGACCACCAGUAGCUAUUUUAGAGCCUGAAACUUUGAAAAUAAGAUUGUCCAACAUGAAUGUAGAGGGUGUUUGUCAAUUACUAUCCACAAUGGAGGAUUUGAAUCAAAACGCUGUUCCAGAGUAUAUAAGGUUGAUCAAAGACAACAAUAUUAAUGGCAGAGUUUUGCUGCAUUGUGAUUUAGAUGAUUUGAAAAAGUUAUUGAAAAUGUCUUUCGGUGAUUGGGAAAUGUUCAAAGUCACGAUAAUUCAACUGAGGGAGUAUGAAAUUACUAGUAUUUUAAACCAAGACGACAGUGCAUUGAAUGUUAGAAAACCAGAAAGAAAAGGCAGUAUUAAAACAACAAGCAGUGGCAUGGAUAAAACAGACAGCAAAAUGCAAACAGAAGUACCCAGAGAAAGGAAACAAAGCAUCAUAGAAAAACAGGUUACUCUAGAAGAACAAAUGAUUUGUGGCGCCCUCCAAACCCUAAACGAAGAAGCCUGCGAAGAUGUUUUUGAAGAAACCGAAGAAACCAAAAUCACAAUCGAUGUGGAUUUGCCUCAGACUUCGGUGAUACCGCCGAGUCCGGAUUGUCCGCAAGAUGUACAUGCAGCUCUAUCACGUGGCCACCGGUCCCGCACCAACAGCUCUUCCGGAAUAGGUGAGACCGAUUUUGUGCUUUUGCAAUCCUCCUCUGUCGGUCACAUGCACUGGCAACCUGUCAGCAUUUCGAUCGCUGGCUACUCGGAAAGUCUCAGCGAACACAGUUCGAGGUGUAACUCGCAACCACCUUCACCAGUUCAAGAACGUCGCUAUUCAACAGGCAAUAACAAGUCGAGCGUAAAAUUCGUCCAAGAAGUUCCAACAAGAGGACGUCACGUCGUAAUCAAAACCGAUUCGGAUUCACAAAGAGUCAGUAUAUCUUCGAAAAAUUCCACAGUUGUGUACGAAAACAAGCCAACCAAUGAUCAAAGGCCCAAUUCCCUUAAGUUAGCCAAACCAAGGCCUUCUCUUAGAUGUAGAUCCAAAAGCAUUGACAACAGUAACUACAAAGACCGCCUAAAAGAGAAAAUGUCUAGCAGAGAUAAACUUCAACGCUUCAAAGAAAAACUGCUCCAAUCUAGUCCAGAUUUAAACGAGACAAGUGACAACGAAAGCACUCCAUUAGUCUCAGAAGUUUCAUCACCUUCAAUUAAAUCAGGACAAAAUUCCGAGCACAAAACAUCAGUGUCGGGCAGUUUUCCAGCCUCCCCAGCAUCUCAGAAAAGCCUCAGUCCAGACAAUAUCAGAAAAUAUCAAACCAGAAGCGAACAAAACUUAACAGACACUUUUGGCCACAUGGCUGAUAAUUACGAAGCCGAACAAGAAGAAUUUGUAGAACGGGCCCGAGUGCGCACUAGAAGCUUAUCAGGCGAUUCUGACAGCUCGUUAACUGAUUUUCUAAUGGACACACGUCUGAAAGAUAAUUUAAGUAAUAGUAAUUGCAGUUUGCAAAGUAUGUCACAUAGUUCUGGGCAUUUGUCCAGACAGAAUCAUGUAGAUUCUGAAGAGGAUUUGACAGAUGUUUAUUGUAAUCCUUCUAGAAUUAAUUAGAGAGUAUUAUUUUAGUUGAAAUAAUUAAAUGAAUUUAUUAGAAGUAGGGAUUAAAUUAUUGGAAAAUUACUUAUUGGUUUUAUUUGGAAUGAAAACUUGUGGGUAAGGGGCUUAAAAGUUUAUUUUGGUUACAAUUAUCAUCAUAUUUUGCCUAACAAUACCACACUACUUAGCUGCAAUUUUGUUAUAUUUAGCCUACAAGCAUUGGUUUCUUCUUUAGCAAUACCAAGUUCUAUCAUCUUGCUCGGUGGUUGCUGGUCCACCAUUCAUCAUUAAAUACCCACCAUCAUUAUCAUUUUGUCAAAUUUCUGGUUUGUAUUUAGGCCUGACAUAGGGCGGUGGGCUUGGACGACAAUGCACUCCCCUAAGAAUAGUAGAGUCUGGAGACAUGCUAUGGUCUCUGUCCAAGGAAAUACUUCCUAGAGUGUCUGUGCGAUUUUUAGCCAGAAAACGCUGAGAACUGGAUUGGAGUUGUGUGGUUUCUUCAGAAACAAUUCUGUUGGAUUUUUAUUAAUUAGCAUACAAUUUAAUUGAAAUAUGAAUAAAAUCCUUAACUCAACGUCAAAUUAGUAUGUAGAAAAAAGGCAUUAUUUACUUUGCUCAAUCAAACCUUUACCUUUGAUUAUACCAAUCGAGGCAAAUAUGGAAAAUAUUGUUAAAGAAAAAGUCACUUGCCUCAUCUUUCCUAAAAAAAUAAUGCCUAGCGAAAACUUCCUUGGAGUCAAAUCAAACAUAUUAUAACUAUUCAAAAAAUAUGAUACAAAAUUAAUUAUUUCAAAGUUACUUACAUGUCGUCAUGUUCCAAGCACAAAAUGAAAGUCAAAGCUAAUAUCAAAACAGUCAUAAUAAUCAUAGGCAACGAUAUAGCCAUAACCAAUUCCCUUUUAUAAGACCUCACAGGAAUAUCUGCCCUACUAAACGACGGUUGCCAUUUGUCUGUCAAUUCUUCAGAGUUGAUUUUUUCAUUGGAUUUAUGCAUGUCCGAAUUGUUGUUGGUAUCUUUUUG